AUGAGAUCUAUAAGAAGCAUAAGGCCAGCCUUGCGGUUCUACUCCAAGCCAGCAGAUGGGCUUUACCUUAACCCUCACCAAUGGAAAGGACUUCCAGCCGAUCAAAUUUUCGAAUUGCAUAACAUCAGAAAGGCCAAGUUAGGAGAACACUAUAACCCUAACGAUGAAGAAAGAAUGGCCAUCUUGUCCACCAUGCAAGAAUUGUCCCGUGCACCAGCACCUGCAUUGGAAUACGUGUACGAAAUCGAUAACUUUAAAGAAAGAUUCUUGACUGAAAAGCAGAACGAGACCAAGGGUCAACCUGCCAAAAAGAGUAACAUCUUGGUGGCCAACAAGGGUCAAACUCCCCACGAAAAACGUCGUAUUGAGAAUCUCACCCGUAUCAGUGCCUACGAAAUGCCAUUGCUCGCCAAGUUCCGUCAACCAUAUCAACCAAAGUCUAACACCCCCCUCAAGAUCACCUAUAAUACCGACUUCACUGAUGAAAGCACCAAUGAUUUCAACCGUAAGGUCAGUCUCCAUGUGCAAAUUGAAGAGCUCGGCUUGGAUGACAAGCAGCUCCACAAGUUCAAGGUUUUGGCUGGAAACAAGCUCAACCUCAACACAAAUGUGUUCAGACUCAGAAGCUCCCAAUUCCCCGAAGCUUCGCAAAACGUUCGUUGGUUGGUCGACACCUUCAACCAGCUUUUGAACGAGGCCAAGGAUCUCACCAACGACUUUGCUGACAUUCCCGUGGAUGCUCGUCACAUGAGAAACCACGCCAGAAAGCCCGUCCCUACUUUCCCAGAAGCUUGGAAGAGACCACAAGAUGCUCCUGUUGAGAAGCACUCGGUGGUGCAAAAGUUGGUUGAGAAAGUCAAGAAGCAAAAGGACAUUGAAUAUGUCAUCAACUACAGUCCAUAG